AAGAAAUCAGAGACGACGCUUUUGCCUUUUGGCUUCGUGAGAAAGCAAUUAUAAUCAAAUCCAACGCUUUUUGACUUUGUCUUCGAAAUCGAGAUUUGGGGUGGAAAUUGGAGACUGUUUUGGAGUUUUGAGUCUGAUUUUGGGUUUGGGAAAGCAUGGCUGAGGUUCUGGGGAAGACGAAUCUGUUUCUAUCUUGCGACCUGAAGGUGAAGGGUGUUCAGAAUCAACGUGGUUCUAUCUCUGUUUUUCCCAAACGCUGUUCUGGACGUUGUUCAAAAGCGAGUUUUCCUUCUCCGAAGGUGAAAUCUCAGGCUCUGAGGAGUGAUUUCCAUGGGAAACCGGUAGUUAUGAAGGAGAACAGAUGCAUGCCUGGAAAACGGAUUUCUCGAGGUUCCAUCAAUGUACAGAAUUUACAGACGGGCCUUAUUGGCAAAUCUCAAAAAUGGUGGGAGAAAGAGAUAAAACCAAACAUGACAGAGGUGACUUCUGCACAAGACCUUGUGGACUCCCUUCUGAAUGCUGGGGAAAAACUUGUUAUUGUUGAUUUCUUUUCCCCUGGUUGUGGCGGCUGCAAGGCUCUUCAUCCUAAGAUAUGCCAGUUGGCAGAAUUGAAUCCAGAUGUGCAGUUUCUUCAAGUGAAUUAUGAGGAGCAUAAAUCUAUGUGUUACACCCUCAAUGUCCAUGUGCUGCCCUUCUUCCGGUUCUACAGAGGGGCCCAUGGCCGUCUUUGCAGUUUUAGUUGCACUAAUGCCACAAUUAAGAAAUUUAAAGAUGCAUUGGCCAAACAUACUCCUGAUAGAUGCAGUCUUGGGCCAACAAAAGGGCUGGAAGAGAAGGAGCUUUUAGCAUUGGCUGCCAACAAGGAUCUCUCCUUCAACUACAUACCAAAACCUGUAAAACCAGUCCCUGCUCCUGCUCCUGUUCAGGAAGAGAUUUUAGUAUCAGAAGCAGUUCCAUUUGAUUCAGGUGCAAAACUCCCUCUCCCAAUUCUUUCAGCUGUCCCAAAGCCAAAAGAGUCUGAGGAAAAACCUUUGGUUGCUGCUGCUAAAUGACGUGGUUAGUUUUCGCUUACCCCAUUCUGCUUCCUAUUAUCGCUGUACAGUCCUAUUGUGUUCUACUUCCAUGUAACAAUCGUGCUAGGAAUUACCAAGGUAGCAGAGGUUAAACUUAAAUGCGGUCUACUUGCCCCAAUCGAGUUGCAGGCUUUUGGAUUUAUUUUUUGGGAUCCUGGCUAGCCUGCUUGAGGGUUUUUCAGAGCAACCAGCUUUUAAAUGGUUGGGAUGCUCUUUUUACGUUGAAGAGAAACCUCUUUGUGCAUGUAAAAAGCCUUAUAUUCUAUUUCCGUAUAUAGAAAUAUAAUAAGACCUUGUUUAUCCGUUGGAUAGUUGUUCAAAAAACAAAGUGAGUGUUUGUAUUGGAUAUGUGGUAUGAAUAUAUUUGGAUCUUUAUC